AUGUAUGGAGUUAUAGGCCGUAACAGACCAGGCCAUAACAGACCAGGCCUUAACAUACCAGUUAUAGGCCUUAACAGACCAGUUAUAAGCCUUAACAGACCAGGACUUAAAAGCCCAGGCCUUAACAGACCAGUUAUCAGCCUUAACAGACCAGGACUUAAAAUCCCAGGCCUUAACAGACCAGUUAUAGGCCUUAACAGACCAGGCCUUAACAGACCAGUUAUAGGUCUUAACAGACCAGUUAUAGGCCUUAACAGACCAGGCCGUAACAGACCAGUUAUAGACCUUAGCAGACCAGUUAUAGGCAUCAGCAGACCAGUUAUAGGCCUCAGCAGACCAGUUAUAGGCCUCAGCAGACCAGUUAUAGAACUUAGCAGACCAGUUAUAGGCCUCAGCAGACCAGUUAUAGGCCUUAGCAGACCAGUUAUAGGCCUCAGCAGACCAGUUAUAGGCCUCAGCAGACCAGUUAUAGGCCUCAGCAGACCAGUUAUAGGCCUCAGCAGACCAGUUAUAGGCCUCAGCAGACCAGUUAUAGGCCUCAGCAGACCAGUUAUAGAACUUAGCAGACCAGUUAUAGGCCUCAGCAGACCAGUUAUAGGCCUCAGCAGACCAGUUAUAGGCCUCAGCAGACCAGUUAUAGACCUCAGCAGACCAGUUAUAGGCCUUAACAGACCAGGCCUUAACAGACCAGUUAUCAGCCUUAACAGACCAGGCCUUAACAGACCAGUUAUAGGUCUUAACAGACCAGUUAUAGGCCUCAGCAGACUAGUUAUAGGCCUCAGCAGACUAGUUAUAGGCCUCAGCAGACCAGUUAUAGGCCUCAGCAGACCAGUUAUAGGCCUCAGCAGACCAGUUAUAGGCCUCAGCAGACCAGUUAUAGGCCUCAGCAGACCAGUUAUAGGCCUCAGCAGACCAGUUAUAGGCCUCAGCAGACCAGUUCACAGACCAGUUAUAGGCCUCAGCAGACCAGUUAUAGGCCUCAGCAGACCAGUUAUAGGCCUCAGCAGACCAGUUAUAGGCCUCAGCAGACCAGUUAUAGGCCUCAGCAGACCAGUUAUAGGCCUCAGCAGACCAGUUAUAGCCCUCAGCAGACCAGUUAUAGCCCUCAGCAGACCAGUUAUAGCCCUCAGCAGACUAGUUAUAGGCCUCAGCAGACCAGUUAUAGGCCUCAGCAGACCAGUUAUAGAACAUAGCAGACCAGUUAUAGGCCUCAGCAGACCAGUUAUAGGCCUCAGCAGACCAGUUAUAGGCCUCAGCAGACCAGUUAUAGGCCUCAGCAGACCAGUUAUAGGCCUCAGCAGACCAGUUAUAGGCCUCAGCAGACCAGUUAUAGGCUUCAGCAGACCAGUUAUAGGCCUCAGCAGACCAGUUAAAAACCUCAGCAGACCAGUUAUAGGCCUUAACAGACCAGGCCUUAACAGACCAGUUAUCAGCCUUAACAGACCAGGCCUUAACAGACCAGUUAUAGGUCUUAACAGACCAGUUAUAGGUCUUAACAGACCAGUUAUAGGUCUUAGCAGACCAGGCCGUAACAGAUCAGUAGAACUUAGCAGACCAGAGGCAGUCGUUCCAGAAAGCUGUGUAUUGUCGAGUUAUCUGCUAGAAUACUUAUUCCCAGUCUUACUUAAGCCUUAA